UACCAAAGGGUACGAGAAGAGAGAAUGAAAACAUGGGCCAUCUUACCCCAACCUACUAUAUAACAUAACGACUAAUUCAGAUUAGGUAUAAUGUAACAGGUGAUUUAUUUUUAUUUUGUUUUUAUAACUGCCUCAUUUUUUUAUUCACACGCCCAUAAUUAAUGUCUCUGAAUGCUACAGAUUUUAUAAGGUUUCGUUUUCCUUUUAUACUUGAUCGGCAAUUCGUUGCAAUCAGCCUGCCAGAGCCGACGAUGCGUGUCCCACGUAAACAGCGCUUUAAAAACUGCAGUUUUAGUUCUAAGUCGAGCUCUGUAUACGUAAUAGUAAGAAGCGCGAAGAAAGGAGCGCUCUGACGUCAUGCGUCCAAGGAAUUUUCGGGGCGCGUCAGUUCUUAAGCCGAUCUCGACUUUUCCAAGCAUUUGCUUUGCGUAGACGUUUCAAGAUGUUGUUUAGAGCAAUUGUAUUGUUAUUGUUUGUUGGUACAGCGCAUGCGCAGCAGCCACUUACGUAUACAGAAGCGAUAGUUGUAAGCAUAUUUGGAACUCUGGGAGUUGUUCUACUUUGUAUCGCACUUGCCUUGUUGUAUUUUAAACUAAUAAAAAAAAAGAAGAAGCGAAAUAUUUCCAACUCCAAUGACGUUGGACACGACAAUCCUGUUCUAUCAAAUACUGAAGACACAACAGACGCAAACGGAAAAGAUCACAACGCCGAAAAUGGAGAGGUACAGACGAAGCCACAAGACCAAAAUGCGCAAAUGGAUAACGCAUUACAAGCAAAAGAAGUCGAUGUCGACGUUAAGACGCCCACUGAUGAUAAUGACGUCUUCACUGUGCUGAUGGACGAGAAAGAGUCGCCAACCAACGGGUUUGAUUUAAUGCCAGGAGAGAAUGGAAACGUGCAAGUGGCGAAUAUACGUAGGAAUGGCCCAGCACACGAUAAACUGAAAGAAGGUGAUGUCAUUGAAAGUGUGACCGUGUUUUUCGACGACAUCACAUACCAAGAUGCUCUUACAUUACUCAGUAACUCCGCACCUUAUAAAGUGGCGAUUACUGCAAGCCAUAAUCAAAGAAAGGAACCGGAGACAAUGACGGUAACGGAUGAAUUUCAAGAAUCUGCUGCAGACGCCAUGCUACACGCUGCACCAGAAAACAGGUCGCCUGAAGACGUGGUAAUCCCAAGCAACGAUGAGGUUCCAAUCUCAUAUGAGGAACUACAGACGAAAUCUCCCCCUCCUAAUAUUGGAACUGUUGUUUUGCUUAAAGAUGAUGAAACAAAGAAGUCGAAACUUUCGCAUCCCUCUAUAGACGACGACAGCAAAAGUACGAGCUCAUCGUCCAGUUAUUCUUCUGCGAAUGAUAAAAAUGAGCAUAUUUACUCCAAAGUAAGCAGAAGGGCGUCAACAAGCAGCAGCAGCAGUAGUAGCGAUUCUGACGACGAAGAUAGGCGUGAAGGAGGUGUAGGAAAAGAUAUAAACGGAGAUAGAGAACCAACAGAUGUGAUGCAACGCCAGUGGUUGCUGGUACAAUAGCGACUGAAGAAGAUAACGAAGAAGUUGUAUUACAUCC